UAUCCGAAAACAGGAUUGCAUCAUGAUAGGAGAAAUCCUCUUGUUUGAAUUUGCUAUAAUCAAAUAGCCUACUUACUGAUAUCUUAAUAUUUCUAUCUACAGAAUGAAAUUGAUUUUAUGGCGAUCGACAUUGGUGGCGGAGAGACAGGGUUACUAGCCUGGAUGUUGAAACGCAAUGUACUGAAGAACGUUAACCAACUUUUGGUCAACUUUCAUGGCAUCACUACAGACAUCAGUCAAUCUGUUUACGUAGAACAUCUUAUGAUUCUAAGUGAUCUAUACACAGAGGGUUUCCGAACCUUUCAUUUUCAAAGGAAAUUGAAUUGUAUAUUCAAAGAGGACAAAGGAAAAACCGGUUGUUAUUCCAUCUAUAUGAUACGACGAAUGCCGAUGACAGGUCCGCUCGAAGUAUAUGGCCCAGAUCUAAUAGAAAAUAAAACGUCCACAGACUUGGCCUUUAUGUAUUCGAGCCUGUUGAUAUCAUCACAAGUACACUGUAAGGAACUGGUCCGUCUAGGAAAAGUGAGUGACGGAGGAUGGGACGUGUGUAACGACACUAAGUACAGACUUUCUUCACCUUGUCUUGUCUACUCAUUCGGAAUUGACAACGAUUGGUCGUUUGAUGACGACAUUUCCACUACUUUUGGCUGUGAAACUCAUUCAUUUGAUCCAAGUAUGGGAAUGUUGGAUCACCAGCGAUCGAAAAAAAUCACAUUUCACAAUAUUGGACUAUGGGGAAAACCGAGAGGAUUGAAAGGAACAUGGACCAUGAUGAACCUCAAGGAGAUUAUAGAUAUGCUAGGGCAUACUGGGAAAAUUAUCGAUAUUCUUAAGAUGGAUAUAGAGUGGGCAGAAUGGGAGGCUAUUCCGAAUAUGCUUGCAACUGGAGUGUUGAGAAAUGUUAGACAACUCUUUGUCGAAUUCCACGGCAGUCCUGGUCCAGAUUCAAGUUUACUGUCAAGACUGACCUCUUUACGUGGUAUUUACGAUCAGGGUUUUAAAUUGUUUUGGUCUCAUCCUAAUGUAGUGGGAGACAAUCCCAAGAUAUUCAGCGUUACAGGGAGAGAGGUAUCAGGAUGCUAUGAAAACUAUUUUCUUAAUACAAAUCUUAUAAAUUUGAAAUAAGUGUCUACGAUAAUGUUAUCUUUUUCAGUCUGAACAUUCUUUUGUAUGAUGCAAGGAAAGACGGGUUCGGGGUGAUUGCAGUGUUAUCUUACUUUAUACUGUUGUGCAACAAUAUGUUACUUUACCAGUGCUGCAACAUUUUAAUUCAGAUCCUGGACGUUCCAUGAUAAAUUCUUGACAAUUUUGGGUCUUCACUGUAUAUCACUGGGUCCCUUGAUACGGUUAUUGUUAGAUUUACAACUCUUGUUGAACAUUCAAAGAAGAGUAAUUGUAUUAAUUUUAUUUCAGUUCGUUUGAGAAAGUCUUAAGGGCAUGGAAUACGAUUUUGAUAAAAAAAUAAACAAAACAUCAAUUUAACAUUUGAUAAAAAAAUAUUGUUUUAAAAAGAAGAACGAAUGCUCACGGACGUUCCGGUAUAUCUCGUUACCUUCAAAAUGUACCUGUAGUAUAACGAAUCCAUAGAACUGAGGUUAGACAAUUUGUUCACACAGGUCCAGUCACCUCUGAGUAAAUGUGUGGGACAAAUGUACAUGAGUUGUGAGCGAUUGCUUAAGAUUUGAUGUGCGUUUAGCAGUGUUAAAACUAUACGUUGAUCAGUAGGUAUGUAAUGUCUUGUUGACAUCUCAUGGUUCUCGUCGAGACUUCUCUCAACCAACAUCUUU